AUGAGCUUGUGCAAACACUGUGUUUCCGGUGUUCGCCACGAAGGCACUCCAGAAGGGAAGUUCGAGGAGUUCGGUGGUGUCCGGUGUUACGUCGCAACUCCUACCGUCGACUACCCCAAAGACAAGGCCAUACUAUACCUGACCGAUAUCUUCGGUAUUGAUCUGCCCAACCAUCAGUUAUUGGCAGACGACUACGCGAGGAACGGCUUCAAGGUGAUCGUGCCGGAUAUCCUCUACGACGACCCCGCUCCUUUCGAUGCGCUCGACGCUGGUUCAACCUGGGAUUUCAUGGCUUGGCUGGCUAAGCAUGGUGGUGAGACUGUGCUGCCGGUACUGGCCAAGGUUGUCCCGGCUUUGCAGUCGAGCGGCAUCUCGAAGAUCGCAGCCCUCGGGUUCUGCUACGGCGCACGUCCGGCAUUCGAUUUGGCAUUCCUCAACACCGUCAGUGUUGUCGUGGUCUCUCACCCGAGCCUGCUCAAGGUGCCAGAAGAUAUCGAGAAAUACAAAGCAGUGUCUAAGGCACCGCUCUUGAUCAAUAGCUGCGAGAUCGAUAUGAUGUUCCCGUCGGAUGCUCAGGCGGCCACCGACAAGGUACUUGGUGGGGGCGCGUUUGCACCUGGAUAUGAGCGUACGUACUGGGAGGGCUGUACGCACGGAUUCUCUGUCCGGGGCGACCUGAGCGACCCUAAAGUCAAGGCCGGCAAGGAGGGGGUAUUCAAGGCCAGCGUCGAGUUCCUCAUCAAGCACCUGUAA